UGUACCACUGCACACAUCGCACCACAUCAGAUGGCAUUUGUGAGUGCGGUGCAACAGUUGGUGGAGGAAGUGGAAGGCAUUUGGAGUGUUGGCGAGACGGGUCGUCUUGGCGCAGUGGGGCGGUUGGCGAGGCGGAACUUGGAACCCCUCAUCCAUCAUGUCAUGGUGAAGCGUGAUGCAAUGAGUGGGCUUGAGGUAGAGAAUAGUGAAGUCUGA